AUUGCCUAUUCACUAUUGAGAAGUGAUGUCGCGCGCGAAGUGAAGAAAAAAUUGCAGAACUCCAGAACUCUACUUCAUGUCCACGAAUCCAUCGGCACACGGCACUCCUUCGCUCCGACUCCACCACUAACAGAACAACUUGAGAUGAUUGAAAGAGCCGAUGAACACCGAACUGACAUCUCCUCUCUCACUCAGCGUUGCAGCACUCUAAAUCAGCUCAAACAAAUUCAUGGCUACCUUCUCAAACUUCCUUUUCGAAACUUCGCCGCCCUGACCUCUCUGCUCUCGUUCGCCGUGGCCUCCACCAAUCCCGCUUUCUUUUGCUAUGCUGAGGCCAUAUUCCGAAACCUCCGCCGCCGUACUACUUUCCUUUACAACACUAUGAUCAGAGGAUAUGUGCAAUCGAAUAAGCCAAUAGAGGCCAUUUUAUGCUAUAAGGACAUGCUAAAUGAUAGACUUAUAAGAAAUAACUACACUUUUACGCCUCUAGUUAAGGCUUGUUCAAUGAUUUUGCCUGAUUUUCGGCUUAUGGGUCUUUUAGUGCAUGGCCAUGUCAUCAAGUUAGGAUUCUGUCCUGACCUAUUCAUUGCAAGCGCUUUGAUUGAGUUCUAUGCGUUGAAUCUUGAUAUGGGGACUGCAGAAGAGCUGUUUGGUGAAAUUCCUGUAAGAGAUGUGGUGUUGUGGACUACUAUGGUUGACGGAUAUGGCAAAAUGGGGGAUGUUGAGAAAGCUAGGGCACUGUUUGAUGAAAUGCCAGAGAGGAACGUGAUAUCUUGGAGUACAAUAAUGGCAGCAUAUUCACGAAAAAGUGACUUUCGAGAAGUGCUGUGCUUGUAUAGAACAAUGGAGGAGUCGGGCUUGAAGCCUAAUGAGGCAGUUCUUGUGAGUGCCCUUACCGCGUGUGCUCAUCUUGGUGCAUUAGCACAAGGCUUAUGGAUACACUCAUAUGCUGAGAAAUGUAAAUACAGUUCAAAUCCUAUACUAGCCACCGCACUGGUGGACAUGUACUUGAAAUGCGGUUGCAUGAAAUUGGCUUUAACAGUUUUCGACCAGAUGCAUGACAAGGAUAGUCAGGCGUGGAACGCUAUUAUAUCUGGGUUAGCAUUGAACGGGGAUGCAAUGAAAUCACUUGAAUUGUUUGACGACAUGGUCUUGAGUGGGAUGCAACCUACUGAAGCCACUUUUGUUGCUAUCCUGACUGCUUGUACUCAUGCUAAGUUGCUUGACAAGGGCCUUUCCCUAUUUGAAAAUAUGGGUAAAAUCUACAAGAUUCAGGCUAAAAUUGAGCAUUAUGCAUGUGUGGUCGACCUAUUGGCACGAUCAGGUAAGUUAGAGGAAGCUGAGAAAUUUAUUGAUGAGAAAAUGGGUGGAAUUGAUGAAGGGGAUGCUAAUGUAUGGGGAGCUCUUCUUGGGGCAUGUAGGGUUUAUGGGAAGGUUGAAACUGGGAAUAGGUUAUGGAGAAAGCUUGCCAAAAAGGGAGUUGAUGACUAUGGAAUUCAUGUGCUUGCAUAUAACAUGUUCCGGGAAGCUGGCUGGGAUGCUGAAGCAAAGAGCGUGAGGAGAUUAAUUCAGAAGAAACAACUGAAGAAAAAACCUGGUUGCAGCGCAAUAGAAGUUAAUGGAAUUGUUGAAGAGUUUGUUGCUGGCGAUGUAUCACACCCCCAAGCUGACGACAUAUAUAGAAUACUUUAUUCUUUAUUAUGUGAUGUAUCACGUUCAAUAACGUUGCAUGAGUACGAUGAAACCAGCAGUACGUAAUACCGUGAUUUCAUAUGUUAGUGUGAGUGGCAAUUUAACGACUCUA